GGGGACGGCUGGCAGUAGUUUCCGUUUCAGUUCGCCUCUUUCUAGAAAGAAACCCAUACAAGAACCCUCGAUAAGAAGACGCACUCUCGCCGCGCACCUGGAAUCAUCCGGAGGCGCCGCCGCCCGCCGCUGUGCACCUCUCGCCGGCCGAUCGACGCGACGCGGAUGGACCCGUACGACGUCGAGAUGGAGGGCGCGGAGGCGGAGGGGGAGCCUGCGCCGCAGCAGCCUCCGCCGGCCGCGGCCGCGGCCGCGGCGGUGGUCGGAGGGGAGGGGUGGAGCAUGCUGUCCCGCGCCCGCGCGCUGCUCGAGGAGGGCAAGCCGUCGCUCGCGCUGCAGGCGAUUCUCUUGGCCAUAAGAUCUCAAGGUGGUGAACAAGCGCUCAUGCAGACGCUGAACCGGGCACGGGAACUCUACAGACAAAGAUCACAGCCCAGCCCUAGUGUUGAUGAUCUUGCUUCUUUGCUUGCACAGUGUGCUAUAGCAGAGGCGCAGUCAUCAGGCAAUAACCCUCAACAAGUACCUGGAUCUGACCCUGUCAUGAUGUUGGAUUCUGAUGAAGUCUGCAUACUUGCCGAGAGUGGAAGGAAACAGAUAAUCUUAGAUGCCUUUGCCGAUGGCAGCAGCUUCAUUUGCUUGAAAUGUGGUGGGCUGUUUAGCACCUCGCGCAAAGAUGAGCACCUGGCCUACUGGUGUGGGAUCGCAUGAUCCUGGUGGCGCCCUUAUUGCUGUAUACCUGUGGCCGCCCCAGGCAAUGGUCGUGGUACCCAUGAGAUUUUGAUGCUUGAGAUACACCUUCUGUUCAUCGAGGCAAGUGCGUUGCCAAUGUUGGACAUUGUGUCGAUAAAACUUGCCUUAUCCAUUACCUGUAAUCCGUUCAUGCUGUACUUUAUACUGGUGGAAUGGAAAAAAUCUCUAUAUGUUUGGCAUUGUUAUCUGCC